AUGUCCACCUUUGAGGCUAUUUUGUUUCCCUCAGAUGGACGGCCUCCACACAUGGUGUCGCUCAUGACUAGCCCAAUGACGAUGCCGGCACAUCACGCAUCGUACACCUGCAAUCCUUCACGUAUGCCCCAUCCAGAAGUAUACAUGGACUACAUUGCCGAGGGCUUAGGUCCACGUGCAUGGAAAUAUCAGCUCGUGGAGGCGCUGGAUGGCAUGAACCGCAAGUUCGCCUAUCCUUACAUUAUAUUCUACCCGACUGUCUCGCGUGAUGGCAUGCCAUUUCCAAUCAACAAAUCUGUCCGCGAGAUUCAAGGACCUGCCUUCAAGGAGGAAGUUGCCUGGCGAGGCAACAUCAUUGUUGCAAAAUACCGGGACAACCCAUUUUCCUCCAUGAUCGACGCAUCUAUGGCUGACUUCCCUAUCCUCAAAAACUAUCUUAUGACCCACGGCUCACCGUUCUACGUCCGUCGGUGA